UCCUGCAGGACUGACAAGUGGACUUUGCUGUUUGUUGAGAACUGUACAAACGACUGCCGUGGCCUUCAUGUCCUGCAGAAAUUGCUCCACCUGUCUCAGUGGAGUUGUGACCACCCGAUGACAGAGACAAGGCAUCCUGGCUGAAUCCCUUCUAGUACACAAUAUAGAUUUCCCUUGCCUCAGUUUCUCCUUAUCUUCCCUGUUAUAACAGGAGUACAGACCUGUGGCUAAGAGUUAAUGCCUUCUAAAUAAUAACCAAGCCAGGCAUCCAGGUUGUCUCCUGUGAGGUAGGGAGGGAAGGUAUUUUCAGCACCACCUGACCGGCCCGGCCUGCCGGCCUUUAGGUGAUAUGCUGUUGUGAGGCCUAGGCCAUAGCCAAGCUGGAAGAAAGCCCUUGAAGCUUGCCUGGAGAAAGAAGCAUGCAAGGCCCCCUAGGAGGAGGAACAGGCCCUGGGCUGUCCUCUAUGGACAGGUGGACACUUCUGCUCUGCACCUUUAUCCUGGCUGCAGCUUGGGGCCAAAUGAAUUUCACAGGGGACCAGGUUCUUCGAAUCCUGGCCAAAGAUGAGAAGCAACUGUCACUUCUCAGGGACCUGGAGGGCCUGAAGCCCCAGAAGGUGGACUUCUGGCGUGGUCCAGCCAGACCUAGCCUCCCUGUGGACAUGAGAGUUCCCUUCUCUGAACUAAAUGAUGUCAAAGCUUAUCUGAAGUCUCAUGGCCUUGUUUACAGCGUCAUGAUAAAGGACAUCCAGGUGCUGCUGGAUGAAGAGAGAGAUGCCAUGGCGAGGUCCCGCCGGCUGGAACGCAGCACCAGUAGCUUCAGCUACUCCUCUUAUCAUACUCUGGAGGAGAUAUAUAGUUGGAUUGACAACUUUGUAGCUGAACAUUCUAAUCUUGUCUCCAAAGUUCCCAUUGGCAACAGCUUUGAAAACCGGUCUAUUCUUGUCCUGAAGUUCAGCACUGGAGGCUCAAAUCGCCAGGCUGUCUGGAUCGACACUGGGAUCCAUUCCCGAGAGUGGAUCACCCAUGCCACUGGCAUCUGGAUCUCGAAGAAGAUUGUCAGUGCAUAUGGCAAAGAUCAUCUCUUGAAGAAAAUAUUGAAUGCAAUGGACAUUUUCAUUGAGAUUGUCACCAACCCCGAUGGCUUUGCUUUCACUCACAGCAUGAAUCGCUUGUGGCGAAAAAACAAGUCAAGUCAACCCGGCAUUUCCUGCAUUGGCGUGGACCUCAACAGGAAUUGGAAGACUGGCUUUGGAGGAAAUGGUUCUAACAAAAACCCUUGCUCAGAGACUUACCGAGGCCCUGCACCUCAGUCGGAGCCAGAGGUAGCUGCAAUUGUGGACUUCAUCACAGGCCACGGGAACUUCAAAGCACUGAUUUCCAUCCACAGCUACUCUCAGAUGGUCAUGUACCCUUAUGGCCACACUCUGGAGCCUGUGCCAAACGAUGAGGAACUGUUCAAUCUUGCCAAGGAUGCAGUGAAGGCUCUGUAUAAGGUGCACGGGAUCGAGUACACUUUUGGCAGCAUCAGUACCACCCUCUAUGCAGCCAGUGGGAUCACGGUGGAUUGGGCUUAUGACAGUGGUAUCAAGUAUGCCUUCAGCUUCGAGCUCCGGGACACCGGACAAUACGGCUUCCUAUUGCCAGCUUCGCAGAUCGUUCCCACAGCCCAGGAGACAUGGAUGGCGAUUCGGACCAUCAUGAAACACACCCUGAAUCACCCCUAUUAGCCACACCACUCAGGCCAGAGCAGUUGGGGUUCACCCCUCCCCCCAAGGCCUGGGACUUCUCGUGUAACCCAAGUUAAGCAUCCGUUCCCCACACCCUUGUUGGACCCUUUGAAAAUAGAAGCAAGUUU